AUGGACGGUAGCAGCAGCGGAGGCGGAAACGGUUACAGAGUAGAAGCAGAGCGGUGGUUAUCUAUAUCAGAGAAACUCUUAGCUGCACGUGACUUGCACGGGGCUAAGAGCUUCGCGAUCCGAGCCCGAGAAUCCGACCCGAGACUCUAUGAAUUCGCCGAUCAAAUCAUCGCCGUCGCCGACACUCUCCUCGCCGGAGAGUUACGCGUUGAGAACAACCACCACUAUGAUUAUUAUACGAUUCUCCAACUCGGUCGGUUGACUCAGGAUCUCGAACUCAUUGCGAAUCAGUAUAGGAAACUCGCCUUGUUGCUCAAUCCGACGAGGAAUAGGCUGCUCUUCGCUGAUCAGGCAUUCAAGCUUGUGUCGGAGGCUUGGCUCGUGCUUUCGAAUCCUGCUAAGAAGGCAAUGUAUGAUCAUGAGUUGCAACUGAGUCAGCUCGGUCUUCUCGUGUCUCAACAACCGUCACCUCCACCAUUUCAACAUCAAGCGCCGUCUGCUCCUGAGCCGAUUCGGCCUGUUCCGCAGUUCACUAUGCCAAGACUGCCCGAGUCUACGAUUCGGUUCCCCACCCAGGCCAAACCCGUGGAGUCACCUAGGCCGCAAACUCAGCAGAGAAACCUGGAACCAACUUGGCGACAACCUCAGCAGAAGCCAACUCAGCAGCCUACCCAGCCGAAGGCCUCUACUGAGCCAACAAAGCAGUCAACUCCAUCUAAGACUCCCACUGAGCCAACUCGGCCAGAGGUGGUUAUUGGGUUAUCUCGAUCAGCUCCAAAGCCGAGUGUCACUGAUUCGACUCGGCAAGUGCCUAAGCCCGCAACCACCGCCACUGCUGCUGCUGCCACUGAGACAACGCAUGCAACUCAGUCAGCUAGUAAGGCGAGUGCGAGUGAGCCAGAGGUACCGAGUUUUUGGACUGCUUGUCCUUAUUGUUAUAUACUGUAUGAGUAUCCUAAAGCUUAUGAGGAGUGUAUUCUAAGGUGCCAAAGUUGUAGAAGGGCAUUCCAUGCUGUCAUGAUACAAGCACCACCGGUGACAGGGAAAGAUACAUACUUCUGCGGCUGGGGUUUUUUUCCAUUGGGGUUUUCAGGUAAUAAGGUCAAAGGAGGUAAUGGGUUAGGUAAUAAUUGGUCGCCGUUUUCGGCAAUGUUUGCGACUCCAUUCCAAGCUGGUGGUGCUUUUGGUAGUGAUGAUAAAAUGUAUAAUAAACCUAAGCAAAAGGUGAUUUAUAAAGAUGAUGUGUAUAUAGAUAUCUCUGACCAAAGCGAAGAUGAGUCUGAUUCCGGUGACGAGUGGGGUAGAAAUAAGAGAAAGAAAGCAAAAAAUGCCAAGGGGAAAGGAACUCCUAAUAAAAAUGUGAAGAAAUCGCAAAAUGAAAGAGUUAAGAAGGGAGCAGGCGCAGGAGCAGCGGCGGGGGCUGGAAAUAUUCAAAAAGUGGAUGGUGGUGGCGGGGGUAGCGUACCGGAGGAGGUGGUGGAAAAAGGGGAAGGGAGUAGCGGAAAGAAGAAGGCAGCGAAAGAUUUGGGGAAGUUGGAUUUGAAUGUGAUGUUUAGUAAUGAGGUGGAUGAGGCUGCGCCUGGAUCAAGUCAAAAGAAUGGGCCUGGGCACGGAGAGGAGGAUAAUAUUGAAGGGAUUGGGUUUUUUGAGGGUCUUGAUGAGUUUUUGAGUACCUUGCCCAUACUUUCAGUUGUAGGGGAUGAUAAGGUGAAGGCUACCUAA